AUGAAUGCGCUUUACAAAAAAGGAUGGCUCUUCAGAAAAAAGAGAAAGCGUUCAGCUGUAGCAUCCUUCCGGUGCCUAGCUGCCAUGCCACCCGAAGGAAGCACGAGGGCUAGGAUACUGCCAGGUUCCCCAAGCCUAGACAGGGAAAGUCGAGUAGCGGAGGUCGCAUUCGAACCACGGACUUUUCGGUCAGUAAAUUCGCGCUCUAACCACUUGGGCCAUCUCGCCCCAGAGCUCAUCAGCAGUGCAUAUUCAAUGGCCAUGGCGGGAUUCGAACCCCGGACAUCUGACAUGCGAGGCGAGCGUGUAACCACUACUCCAUCAACGCACGUUGAACGCAUCUGA